AUGGCCUGGUGGAUAGGAGUUAAAACUUUAAUAGCUGUCAGAAUGCAGAGGAGAAUGGGUAGAUCUACCAAGGUUCUUCUACUGUUCCUUCUCUCUCUACUAUGCAAUACUGUCCUGACUAUCUGGCAUCUGUGUGAUCACUCUCUGACCUGGCAACAGGUGUCCAGCUCUCGGAUUAAUACAUUACAGCAGAGAAAUGGAUUGGGUCUACAUCAGUCUGACAAGCUCCAGCUCAGUGUUAUUGACUCUGAAGAGUGUGUUAUCCAUGGACAGAAUGGUACUUCAUCGUCAGCUCUGAGAACACUUUACAGUACCCUCCACACCAUCAUACCAACGCCAGACAAUUUCCUUCCUCAGUUUAGAAACCCAUGUUGGAAUAUGAGCAGUAAUUUGAGCUUGAGCACAGCAAGGCUCCUCUACAAGGCAAACAUCAGCGAUCCGUUAGUUGUGUCACUUAUAACAAACUCUCUCUUCCAACCCACCAAGAAUACACUCGUUUGCAUGCCUAGUGUGUACUUUAUUGGAUUCCCACGCAGUGGAAGCACCCAGCUCUACACAAUGCUGCUCAAACAUCCACACCUGCAAGGAGGGUACAUCAAAGAGCCUCAUUGGUGGACAAAGACAAAAUUCAAGAAGAAAUUUCCCUACAACAUUCUAUCAGUUGUUCAAUAUCUUCUACACUAUCUUGGAGGCUCACAAUAUUUGCUGAAACACCCAGACACUUUACUAAUAGACGGAAGCCAAUCUACAGUAUGGGACAGCAGAACUAUACGCAAUCUAUGCGCAUUACCUCACCUCGUAUCCAGUGUAGUGCCUGAGGCAAAGUACAUUGUCCUCAUGAGACACCCUGUGAAGAGACUGUUCUCAGAUAUGAUGUACCUGUGUGAAGAGCAUAAAAACAAGACAAUCCCCUCAGCAAACCUAACCAACGCUACGGAAGUUUUUCUAGAAAGUGCUCGAUUGGAAAUCAUAGAGUUUCAGAAGUGCUUAUUGAGAGACAAUCUACCCAAAUGCACCCAUCAUGUACUUAAUGGUUACCAUGGUGUCCUGCAAGAUAAGUGUGGGAGAGUUCGCUUGGGUAUCAGUCUAUACCAUGUACACAUUCGGAAAUGGUUACAAGUCAUUCCAAGAGAACAGUUUCUGUUUCUAUGGACUGAUGAUAUGGCACAUGAUCCACUCAAAGUUCUGGAGAGGGUUUGGUCAUUUCUGGGGGUACCUGAGCAAAACAAGGAUCAACUGAAUGAUAUUCUUCACGAACACAUUCAUGGAAUACAGCACCAAGCUAUCGACAUACAUAAUGAGAAAUUUACGUUUAUAAACAAGUUUUUUCAACCACAUAACCAACAACUUGCUGAGCUCUUGCAAGACCAUAGCUUUAGCUGGUAGAUCAAUAAUUAUUGUGAACUUUUACAUAUCAGUCACCGUAAUUCUGAAUGCUUGGUCUUAGCAUAGAUAGAGUAGUGAGACUACUCUAUCAUGGUCUUAGCCACCUGAUGAAGAAAAAUCUGUGUUUAUAUAGAAAAAGAGGGGUGGGGCUGCUCCCUACAUUUCGAAAACUGGCCGCGGAGUAAAGCGGUUUCUCAUAAUUAUGUUGCCCUCAAUUUCAAGUGUGUUGACCUUCUACAAUUUGUUCUUUGUUACCUCCACCACGUGGUCAGCAAUGGCCGAUAUUUCUGAAGUGUGUUCCUUCUCUAGCGAUGGAGAGUCUCUAGCAAUUGCUGGACUGGAUGGAGAGGUGAAGAUUUGGGAUAGCACUUCAGGAAAUUUGAAGCAACGCUUCAAUCCGUCCUCUGUGGGCAGUGAGAUACGGGCAUUGGGUUGGUCUAGACCAGUGAAGGAG